AUUCCCGUGCUCCCAUGGCCUAAAGGGAAUGAGCCAGCAGCAGCAGCAGCAGUUGAAGGAGCCAUGGAUGAUGAAGAUCAUGAGGAGUGUGAUGAGGGGCUGAUUGCGGCGGCUGGAGCAAGUGCGGCUGUCAAGGCAUCGGCAACCUCUGGACAAGCCUCUUGGGAGACAUGGCAUAGACGUCUUGCACAUGUGGCUGUUUCUACAUUGGAGGUGAUGGCGAGAGAGCAGAGUGUGCAAGGGCUUCGUCUGCAUGGAGGCAAUGCUGAUUCUCGUGACUGCGAGGUGUGCAUGCAAAGUAAAUUUGCACGUUUUCCUUUUCAUAGUGGAUGGUUCCGCCAAGGCACCAUUGGAAGUGGUGCAUAUGGAUCUGGUGGGUCCGAUGCGGACUGAGGGCAUUGGUGGAGCCUUGUAUUUCCUAACUCUGGUGGAUGACUGGAGCAGAUUUACAUGGGCGCGACCUUUGUCAAAGAAGAGUGAUGCGGCAGCGGCAAUCAAGGAGGAUUGGUUGCCAAUGGUUGAAAGGCAGUCUCAAUGGUUGGUGAAGGUGCUGAGGAGUGAUCGUGGUGGCGAGUUCCUAGGAGCAGAUUUCACUGCUUGGCUCAAGAAGAACGGCAUUCGACACCAACUGACCUGCCCUGGAACACCACAGCAAAAUGGCAUUGCUGAACGAGCCAACAAAACCAUUGGCAAGGCGGCCAAGGCAUUGUUGAGGGAUGCUGGACUUCCCUACAAGUUCUGGCCUGAAGCUGUUCGCCAAGUGGUGACCGUAAAAAAUAGAGUCUUGACGCAUGUUGGGGAGCAGCAUUGGGUGCCCUAUGAGCGUUGGCUUGGGAAGAAGCCGCUUGUAGAUAUGCUGCGGGUGUGGGGCUGCAUGGGGCUUGUGAUGGUGCCAAAGGAGCAAAGGCACAAGCUUGAGGUUGCUGCAGUGUGGGCCGUCCAUCUUGGGAUGGCCCCCGACUCCAAAGGGUGGCUGAUGUGGGACCCGAGGAGUAAGAAGACCAUUGUGAGCCGCGACGUCAAGUUUGUGGAAAAUGUGAUGUACAAUGACUGGCAGCAGCAACAGCAAGUUCAGAUUGGACUGCGGCUGCAAGAGCUCCAGAGGUCAGCUGUGGAGGAGGUUCAGCCGCACCUUGAUGAUCGCCCUGAGUCAGAGCUGACCAGUGACCAUAGUGGUGGUGUCGAGCAGCCCACUGUUGGAGAUGAGCCUGAGGAGGGGCUCGAGGAUGAGUCAACGCGUGUGGACUCACGAUCAGUGCCUAUGACUGCUCCACCAGCUAGGGUCACUAAGAGGAGUGCACAGCGAGGCGCGUCAAUGCAAAUGCAGCAGAGUACAACUCGUGAGAAGAGGGCAGCAGCGCCACCUUCAAGGCUAGGGUAUAGCCGCUUGGGAGGACCUAAGCAAGGUGCGAUGGCGGUUCAGGCGGAUGAGAGUGAUGAUGAGGAGAGUGCUUUCUGCUUCUUCACCACUCUACCUAGUGAUCCAGCCACACUACAUGAGGCAUGGACUGGCCCUCUGAAGGCAAAAUGGAAGCCUUCAACUGAUGAGGAGUUCAACAGUCUCAUUGAGAAUGAGACAUGGGAUCUUGUGAAUCUACCUAAGGGGCGACGAGCCAUCGGCAAUAAGUGGGUCUUUAGGACUAAGACCGGAGCUGAUGGCGAAGUGGAGCGGUACAAGAGCCGUUUGGUUGCCAAAGGGUUUGAGCAGAAGGAGAAGGAGGAUUACAAGGAAGUGUUUGCACCUGUUGCUAAAACAGGAACCUUGAAGACCUUGCUGGCCAUUGCUGCUGUGAAAGGUUGGAGUGUGAAGCAGAUGGAUAUCAUAAUUGCAUUCCUGAAUGGGGUGGUGGUGGAAGACAUAUAUAUGGAGCAACCAGUUGGAUAUGAAGAUGGGACUGGCAGAGUGUGCAAGCUUAAGAAGGCAAUCUAUGGACUUAAGCAAGCUCCAAGGUGCUGGUAUGAGAAGCUAGCAGAAGUGCUCCUUGCUGGAGGCUUCAACACCUCUCAAGCUGACCACAGCUUGUUUUUGCUUGGUGAGGGGGAGCAGCAGUUGUGCUUGUUUAUCUAUGUAGAUGACAUCUUGCUGUUCUCCCCAUCCAUGGAGCAGAUUGAGAGGACCCAAAAGCUGUUGAUGGACAGCUUCAAGUGCAAGAUGCUUGGGGAUGUGCAUUACUACUUGGGGCUGCAGAUUGAGAAGGAUGUGGAAAAGAGGUGGCUGAAGAUGCACCAGCACAAGUACAUCACUGGAGUGGUGCAGCGGUAUGGCAUUCUUGAGGGUCGUACUGUGAGGACACCUCUCCCUGCAGACUUCAAGCUGAGGAAGGCCACUGAAGACGAUGUGGUACUUGAGGAGGAGGAGAUGAAGGAGUACCAUUCUCUGAUCGGGAGUGUCAUGUAUGCAGCAGUGCAGACAAGACUCGAUGCUUCUUUUGGAGUGGGUUUGCUUGCGAGGGUUGUGCAACAACCCACUGCUGAACACUUGGAAGUUGCAAGGAGAAUGGUACGCUACCUUGGAUCUACAACAUCUGCUGAAGUUCAGUUUUCUAUGGCUGGACAACUGAAGCAACCUGGAGCUGAAGGGGUGAAGCCCAGAUCUUUGAAGCUUACAUGCUUUACCGAUGCAACAUGGGCCUCGGAGGAUGAAGACUGCUCAUCCAUUGGAGGCUUUGUUUGCAUGAUUGGAGGAGGUCCAGUAAGCUGGAGGUCAAAGAAACAAAGUGAGAUCACUCAGUCUUCAGCAGAGGCGGAAUAUAUGGCUUUGUACCAUAGAAUUAAGGAGAUCGUGUCCCUGCGGAAGCUGUUGGAAGAUAUUGGCGAGAAGCAGGAUGGCCCUACGCCACUAUUCACUGACAGCAAGGCUGCUAUUGGGAUGGCCACUAAUCCGAUACUGAAUGGCCUCAAUAAGCACAUGAAAAUCAAGUGGCACUGGGUGCGGCAGAUGGUGAAGGAAGGGGUUGUGGAACUUCACCAUGUGAAGGCAAGCAAGCAAGCGGCUGAUUUCCUAACGAAGCGUCUUCCUGAAGAUGCACACUGGAAGUGUGCUAAGAUGUGUGGAAUGGCAUUGCACUAGAUGUUCCAAUGCAUGAAUGUGAUGGCAUGGGCCUGGUUGGAUGAAAGAUCAUUUCCACAUGCAUGUGUGUGCAUUCCAUUAGUCUGAGGGGGAGUUUGUUAAUUGCACAUCAUCAUGAGUGCAUAUCAUCCUAAUGUCCUGCCGUAUGAUCAUCUCAUUCGUGCAUGCAUGUGUGCAUGAGCAUAUAUCACAUUGCUCGCCAUCUUGGAUAUUCUCAUCAUCCUGAUUUUCUCCCAAGAUUGAAUGCAUGGAAAAUGCAGGAGAAAUCAUGAGCAUUCCAACGACCCCAAGAUCGCCCCAAUCUGACCGAUGAUGCCGAAGUUACAAGAAUCCCAAGAUUGGAAGUUCUAAUGACAAAUGCUAUACCUCGGGUAUCUCAUGGGUCUUAUAUUGGGGAUCUUGUGGUUAGAUGGUUGGGGAGAAAACUUUGACUUUUGGUUGGGGUGGCUUGGUUGCUACAAGCCAAAAUGUGCAAGUGUUGCAAAUGUUGCAACAUCUUGCCAAAUCCAAUCUCUUUGGAUUUGGCAUGUGUCCUCACAUGGGCAACUUGGAGAGGGGCCUAUGGUGUGCUUCUAGGAAGGUUCUAAACCAUUCCUAGACAUCAGGAAACCUUGUUUCCCUUCCAGGGCCCUCUUAGAGGUCUGAACCCCGAACCAUGUCUAUAUGGUUGUGUGUCUUGCAAGUUCUAUGUACUU